AUGUUCCCAUUAGUACUGCUAUUUGUACCAGCGUGCCUUGCACUUUACACUUCAAAGGAUGAUGUUGUGGAGUUGACUUCUACGAAUUUUCAAAAUAGGGUAAUCAACAGCGAUGAGAUUUGGAUUGUGGAAUUCUAUGCUCCAUGGUGCGGCCACUGCAAAAAUCUUGCUCCAGAGUACAAGAAAGCCGCAACCGCUUUGAAGGGCAUCAUCAAGGUUGGAGCUGUGGACAUGACCCAGCACCAAUCGGUUGGCGCUCCAUACAAUGUCCAAGGAUUCCCGACUAUCAAGAUUUUCGGAGCUGACAAGAAAAAACCUACUGAUUACAACGCCCAAAGCAUUGCUGAUGCGACCCUUGCUGAGGCGAAGCGUGUUGUUUCUGGGCGCCUUGGUGGAAAGAGUUCUGGAAGUUCAGGGUCUGGAGACCAUGGUGGUGGAAGCGGUGGAGCCACCGAUGUUAUUGAGUUGACUGAUGCCAAUUUCGAAAAGCUUGUUUUGCAUAGCAAAGACGUUUGGCUCGUCGAAUUUUUUGCUCCAUGGUGCGGUCACUGCAAGAAUCUUGCUCCUCACUGGAAGGCCGCUGCUAGCGAACUCAAAGGAAAAGUUAAACUUGGAGCUCUUGACGCCACCGUCCACACUGUUAUGGCUAACAAAUUCGGAAUUCGUGGAUUCCCUACGAUCAAAUACUUUGCUCCUGGAUCAGAUGCCAGCGAUGCUGUGGACUACGAUGGCGGCAGAACCACCUCAGACAUCGUCAGUUGGGCAAGUGCUAAAGCCCUCGAGAACCUUCCAGCCCCAGAAGUUGUCCAAGCCACGAGCCAGCAGAUUGUUGAGGAUCAAUGCAAAGAGAGGCAGCUCUGCAUUUUCGCUUUUCUUCCUGACAUUUUGGACUGUCAGUCUAAGUGCCGAAACGAUUAUCUCGCUGUACUUCGCGAACUUGGCGACAAAUUUAAGAAGAAUGGAUGGGGGUAUGACGGUUCGUUUGGUAAAGAUGGUAUUAACGAAUUUCUUCGUGAUCUCAGCUAUGGAAAAGGACAAACCGCUCCUGUCAAGGGCGCCACAUUCCCAAAAAUCAAGAAAAUAGACCCGUGGGAUGGCAAGGAUGGUCAGCUCCCCCCUGAGGAAGACAUAGAUCUCUCCGAUGUCGAUCUUGACCACACCGAGUUGUAA